AUCAGGGUGAGUAACAUCCUCUCAAAGCAUGUGGAAAGAAUUAAACACGUGAAAAUACAACGAUCUGCUUUUCCUACUCUCACGAAGCUUUUUUUAGUCCUUUGGCUCUGAUUCUCCUCUUGGACGAGACUACGGACUGAGCCAGACCUUAAAAUGCGAGUUCGCUCAAACUCAGAGGGCCUCAGGCUAAACAACAUCCUGAAUCAAGGAGGCAGAUCUGUGGGAGUUUGGAUUAGAGGAACACUCCAGAGGAUAACAAGAACCUCCAACCCUCAGGAUCCCGUCGACAUUUCCCCCAUAACAGACGAACCCCAGAAGAUUAUUGAAGAUCCUCCAGCUGCAAUUGAAACUUUUGAGCAACUUCUUGAGGAACAGCGCUUAUGUGAGGCCAACCUUGCACUGAUAGAUAGAGAGAAUCAACUGUUUGGGAAGCUAACCGAGGAAGAAGCGCAUAAACAUCACGCAGAGGAGAUUGAAAAGCUUUCUGCAGACCGUAGAGCCCUGGAAAAACAAUUACAGCACACGUUACAGCAGAGUCUGUCUCUGAGACUCGAAGAGGUCACCGACGAGGCUGUAGUGUCUCCUCUGAUUUUAACAUCUGCCGUGAAGGCCAUCUACCAGGAAGAGGAGCAGGAUCUGCAGAGGAAAAAGCUGGGGAGUCGACCACUCAGCAACUGGAAGAAACUUCACGACUCCAUCCUUCAUGGUUUAGUUGAGGACCGAAUGGACAACCCCUCAGUAUCCCCUGCAGGCCCAGCCGGACAAUCGUCUAUCCAGGUAGACAUCCAGAGCAUGGGAAGACAGUUAAAGGAGGACCUGCUGUUGGUGGUCAAUGUGCUGAAGAGCUGCUACCCACCAGAAGCCAACAUCUGUCAGUUUUAUGCAAAGCUGUAUCACCAAAGCCUGAGCAACAGACUCAGAAAUAUUGCGGAGUUUGCUUUGGAUGACAAAGAUUGUACUUCCAUCCUGCGUUGGGUCAAUGAGUAUUAUCCAGGAAUCCUUAAAAAGCCUGAGAUUGCCAGUGAAAUUGAUUCAGCAGAACUGGGAAAACUGCUGCCUCAGAAUUUACUGGAUUGCCUGGAGAAGCAGUACCUAGAGACACAGCAGGCUGAGCUUUCAACUUGUAUGAACCGAGUUCUGGAGGAAGAAAAGAAGAAAUGGAUGGAAGAACAGCAGCCGCCAAGAGAAGAUGGCUGCUAUGCCAGUCCUCUGGCCUACGACAUCAUUCAGGUACAGUAGCUACUAGGCGCUCACUUUAUUCUUACGGCAGCUACAAUCUGUGGAUCACAAAACAAAGCCCAGAACAUAACACGUCAGCUCACAGACCUGUUGCAGAGGUUCAAAGCGUUGCAAGAGGACAUCAUCAAACAGAACAAAAUCCACAGCAAAGCACACGUCAAAGCUAACCUGGGAGGUGUCGAACAGUUCAGGGACAUUCUCCAGAGGAAAGGGUAUUUGUUCCCAGAUGACGUGCGGGAAAAAAGUCUGGCUGUUCUGUCCGACAUGAAACAAUCUGCCCACACGUAUUUAUUAAGCCCGAUGCACAAGUACCUGAAGCCACAGUACCAGAAGCUGGGAACCAGUGACUGGCUGAAAAAAGACCGUCUGUUUGAGAAUCUGCUGAGCAGCAUAGAAACUGAGCUCCAGGACCUGGAGGGUUUGUCUCAGUCUUGUCACCAGGAGGUGAUUGGCGUGUUUCACCAGGAAGUGACACGGGAAUAUGUGAAGAGGCUCCUGAGAGGAGAAGUCAAACUGAAGGACAGAGAGCAUCAGCAGAAGGCCGCCAUCGCUGUGAUGAACAACGCGGAGAGCUUCCACAAGCUUUUCAAAGAAAUGGGGUCCAAGGAGGACUGGUUAAAGGAAAUCCUGACCCACAUUGCAGAAGUGCUGAAACUUCAAGACAUCCCUGCCCUGCAAAUGCAGAUAGUUUCCCUGGGCCACGACUAUCCUGACCUAAGUGAAAAACAUGUUUCAGCUUUGCUCAAACUCAAGACAAACGUCUCCAGAGAAGACAGACAAAAGGUCAAGGCGACUCUUUCAGACACUCGCGAAGGAUCCAACGGAGGUGUUGAGCAUCGCCCUUUUUUCUCCAAAGUAGUAGUUAAAUAAGCUGCACUGCUUUUUUCAGUUACAUAUUUAAAGUUUGAUUGAGAACUGCGUUGCAUAUUGUCAUGUAUAAGCGUUCUGAAAGCUCUUUUUAGUGCAGCUGUGAAAAAACUGAAGAAGUCAAUCACAUUUUGCAAAAAAUUGUACAUAGAAAGAAAGCGUUGCCAGUGUGUUACAACUACCAGUGCAUCAGUAGUUUCAUUUCUGAGUGAUGCCAUGUUGGGUUCGUUCAGACUAUGAAUAUGUAAGCUUCUGCUGACAAGGAAAGUUGUAUGUUUGCCUGUUUUUGUAAAUAAAUGCAUAAUUUUAUAUCAAAACUAUGCGAAACUGUUUGUUUUUUGCAAUGAAAUGAGAUUCCUUUUUAUGUAGGCAAUAACAAACAUUGUGCCGCAAUGAGAAAUAAACCAGAUAAAAGAA